GCUGGAAAAUGGCGUAUGGGUACACCUUUCUACUUAAAGCCAUAUACCGAACCGAACUACUACCUCACUCAUAUCUGUGUACGUUGGCGACACGAAGCGCGGAAUGGCUAGCAUUCAUCGCUCGGAAAAUCUCAGAAUGUCAUUAAUGUCUCACGGUUCUGCACUUGAUGUCAAUAACUUAGGAUGAACGGUGAAAAGGUAGACAACCUCCUCGCGAAUAAUACAUCGCAAAUUCAGUCUUCUGGCCGGCCGCAGCAUCAUACAGGUACAUCGCCAAAGAAAUCAUGCAUUUCACCAACUAUAUCCCAGGAUCAUGGGUUAAAAAGUAUGUUUCCCAAGACGAAGGCUGUACGAAAAGUACACUUAAAAGAGGAAUUCAAUCCAGAUUUGGAACCAUUGCUCCAGGAAGAACCAAACCGUUUUGUAAUCUUUCCUAUUCGAUAUCCUGAUAUUUGGGAUAUGUACAAAAAAGCUGUUGCUUCUUUUUGGACCAUAGAAGAAGUACCUCUUCAUAAACUGGAUAAAAAGGAUUGGGAGGAGAAAUUGAAUUCCGAUGAAAGAUAUUUCAUAUCCCACGUGUUGGCGUUCUUUGCCGCUUCUGACGGUAUCGUCAAUGAAAAUCUUAUUGAAAGAUUCUGCCAAGAAGUUAAGAUUUCAGAGGCGCGUUGUUUCUAUGGCUUCCAAAUUGCAAUAGAGAACAUUCAUUCCGAAAUGUAUUCAUUGCUCAUCGAAACCUACAUCUCUGAUCUAAAAGAAAAAGAUUUCCUGUUUAAUGCGAUCGAGACUCUGCCUUGUGUCACUAAAAAAGCCAAUUGGGCACUUAAUUGGAUCAAUCACGAGAGUGCAACAUUUCCGGAACGUAUAGUCGCGUUUGCCGCAGUUGAAGGUAUCUUCUUCAGUGGUAGUUUCGCAGCAAUCUUCUGGCUAAAGAAGCGAGGAGUGAUGCCGGGUCUCACAUUUAGCAACGAGCUCAUUUCACGAGAUGAAGGAUUGCAUUGCGAUUUUGCAUGUUUGAUGUUUAAACAUGUCAUACAAAAACCUUCGUUUGAACGCGUCAAGACGAUUAUUAUGGACGCCGUAGAAAUUGAGAAGGAAUUUCUAACACAGGCAUUGCCGGUAAAACUCAUAGGAAUGAAUUGCACACUCAUGUGCACCUACAUCGAAUUUGUCGCAGAUAGAUUGUUCGUUGCGUUAGGAUUUGACAAGGUUUACAAUUCAGAGAAUCCGUUUUCGUUCAUGGAUUUUAUCUCUUUGGAAGGCAAAACAAACUUCUUCGAGAAGAAAGUGGGCGAAUAUAAGAAAUUCGGAGUGAUGGAAGAAAAUUCUCAAAAGAAAAGCAGCACAUCGGGUGUAGUAUUUAGCGCGAAUUUUUAGCAUAAUAACGUAUAAAAGUAUAAAAGUUCAUUCGUUUUAGCAUCAUUUCCUCGCACUUUCCUUGUACUUUGAGUGUGAAAUUGCGUUAAAAAACGAAAAAUUAUAACAGCAGCUAAAGGGGAUAGAAAAUAAUGUAAGAAAGAUGUAUUUAUGUGAUAUAAUGUACAGGAUACAUUUGUUGAGAUACAAACUAAAAACAUUACGUUCUUUGGA